CACGGGAUGGAUUUAUUCCUGGACUCAAUUUCCCAGGAACUCUACCAUCUCGCCCUGGAGGAAAUGCCUCGGCUGACAUUUCUCUAGCUCCGGCUUUGUGAGUUAAGGACCAGUUGCUCUGGAAUUACUCGCAGCAACUCUGUCGCAACUGACACAUCCAUCAGCUCCGAGAAAAUGUUUGCUGUCCACUUGCUAGCUUUCUAUUUUACAAAACUAAAAGAAGAUCAAAUAAAAAAGGUUGACAGGUACCUGUAUCAUAUGCGCCUCUCUGACGAUGUCUUGCUGGACGUGAUGGCUCGCUUCCAGGCCGAGAUGGUAAAGGGCCUGGGGAGAGACACGAACCCUACAGCAACGGUGAAAAUGCUGCCGUCGUUUGUGCGCUCGCUGCCCGACGGCUCAGAGAAGGGUGACUUCCUUGCUGUGGACCUGGGCAGCUCUCAGUUUCGUGCCCUUCAGGUGAAGGUGUCUAAUGUUGGGAAGCAAAGCUGCCAGCUGGAGAGCAAAUUUUACCCCACGCCCAAGGAAGUCAUCCAGGGGAGCGGAGCUGAGCUUUUCGAUUAUGUUGCUGACUGUCUGUCAGACUUCAUGGAGUCCAAAAACCUGAAGUAUAAGAAGUUACCUCUUGGCUUUACAUUUUCUUUUCCAUGCAGACAGACCAAAUUGGAAGAGGGGGUGCUCCUUAACUGGACAAAACACUUCAAGGUCCGAGGCGUUCAGGACGUGGAUGUGGUCAGCUCUCUGCACAAGGCCCUCAAGAAGCAUAAGGGCAUAGAUGUAGAUGUCUUGGCACUAGUCAAUGACACCGUGGGAACCAUGAUGACUUGUGGAUAUGAUGACCAGCGCUGUGAAGUUGGACUUAUAAUUGGGACUGGCACCAAUGCUUGCUACAUGGAGGACAUGAGGCACAUCGACCUGGUGGAAGGCGACGAGGGGAGGAUGUGCAUCAACACGGAGUGGGGGGCCUUCGGGGAUGACGGUGCUUUGGAUGACCUCCGCACGGAGUUUGAUCGAGAGCUUGACCUGGGAUCUCUCAAUCCUGGAAAACAGCUGUUUGAGAAGAUGAUUAGCAGCCUGUACCUGGGGGAACUUGUAAGACUCAUUCUUCUAAAAAUGACAAAGGAAGGUCUGCUUUUCAACGGGAAAGUGUCAACAGCCCUGUGUACUAAGGGCAAGAUUGAAAUGAGACACGUGUCUGCAAUGGAAAAAUAUAAGGAGGGUCUGAGCAACACGAAAGAGAUACUUACAGAGCUGAACCUAUUUCCCUCUGAAGAGGACUGCAUUGCCGUUCAGCAUGUCUGCACCAUCGUUUCCUUCCGCUCAGCCAACCUCUGUGCUGCAGCCUUAGCAGCCAUAUUAACGCGACUGAGAGAAAAUAAAAAAGUGUUAAGGCUGCGAACCACUGUUGGGAUUGAUGGGACCCUCUAUAAAACCCACCCCCAGUAUGCUAAACGUCUGCACAAGGUGGUGAGAAGGCUGGUCCCCAACUGUGAUGUUCGAUUCCUCCUCUCUACGAACGGCAGCGCAAGGGGGGCCGCCAUGGUCACGGCGGUGGCGUACAGGCUGGCGGCGCAGCGCAAGCGAAUCGACGCUGUUCUUGCACCGUUUCUGCUCUCCCUGGAAACCCUCAGAGAAGUGAAGAACAAAAUGAGGACGGAGCUGGAAUAUGGACUAAAGAGAGAGACGCAAAGCAGGGCCACGGUGAAGAUGUUACCCACAUAUGUCUGCGGGACCCCGGAUGGAACAGAGAAAGGGAAGUUCCUUGCCCUUGAUCUUGGUGGGACAAAUUUCAGGGUUCUGCUGGUCAAAAUUAGAAGUGGGAGAAGGAAAUCGGUGCGAAUGUAUAACAAAAUCUUUGCCAUUCCUUUGGAGAUCAUGCAAGGGACCGGGGAAGAGCUCUUUGACCACAUUGUCCAGUGCAUAGCAGACUUUUUGGAGUAUAUGGGGAUUAAAGGUGCUCGCCUGCCUCUGGGCUUCACCUUUUCCUUCCCCUGCAGGCAAGCCAGCAUUGACAAGGGAACUCUUGUCGGUUGGACAAAAGGUUUUAAGGCAACAGAUUGUGAGGGGGAAGAUGUUGUUGAUAUGCUGAGGGAGGCUAUCAAAAGAAGAAACGAAUUUGACUUGGACAUUGUAGCAGUGGUGAAUGACACUGUUGGGACAAUGAUGACAUGUGGAUAUGAGGAUCCAAACUGUGAGAUUGGCCUCAUUGCAGGAACAGGCAGCAAUGUGUGCUACAUGGAAGACAUGAAAAACAUAGAAAUAGUGGAAGGGAAUGAAGGAAAAAUGUGCAUUAAUACAGAAUGGGGAGGAUUUGGUGACAACGGCUGCAUUGACAACCUCAGAACAGAAUAUGAUAAAGAAGUAGAUGAAGGUUCGCUAAAUCCGGGGAAACAAAGAUAUGAAAAAAUGACCAGUGGAAUGUAUCUAGGUGAAAUAGUGAGGCAAAUUUUGAUCAGCUUAACCAGACAAGGACUGCUGUUCAGAGGACAGAUUUCAGAAUCGCUCAGGAGAAGAGGCAUAUUUGAAACAAAAUUCCUAUCUCAGAUUGAGAGCGACCGGCUAGCCCUCCUGCAAGUCCGGCGAAUCCUGCAGCAGCUCGGCCUGGACAGCACAUGCGAAGACAGUAUCAUCGUCAAGGAGGUGUGUGGAGCUGUUUCCAGGAGAGCUGCCCAGCUCUGUGGGGCAGGGCUGGCGGCUAUUGUAGAGAAGAAGAGAGAAAACCGAGGCGUGGAGCACUUGCAAAUCACUGUUGGAGUAGACGGAACUUUAUACAAGCUCCAUCCGCAUUUUUCUAGGGUCCUGCGUGAAACCGUGAAGGAACUGGCACCGCAGUGUGAUGUGAAUUUCAUGCUCUCUGAAGAUGGGAGCGGGAAGGGAGCUGCCCUCAUUACCGCAGUAGCGAAAAGAUUGCAUAAUGUUGGAGAAAAUUAAAAACAAGAGGUCAAGUCAUUCCAGCAUUGCCAGGCGUGUGCACUAGAGACUUGCUGAGUGGUGAUUCAGGAUAGCUUUGCCAGACCAGUACGCAGGUAGCUAUUUUCAGGAAGCAGCUGGUUUUUGACUAACCAGCUUUUGUGUCCCUUGGUAACUUGAUCAAGUGUUUCUGCUGACGUUCACUGAUGUUAUGUCUUGGAACGCUGCAAGCUGGUCAGUUCUGUACUUCCUGUAAUUCAUCUAUAGUGCUAUAGUGCACAUGAGAGAGUUAAAAAAAAAAAAGAAAGAAA